CGCGCCUGCGCGCCGCUGUGCUGGGUCGGCAGGGGACGGGCACUGGGUCGGCGUCGCGCAGCCCCGGGUGUCCUGAUCGGGUCUCUCUUCACGCCUCACUGCGGCGUCGCGACGAGUCCCCGAGAGCUCGGCGGGGUGUGGGGAGACAUACAAGAAUUAAAUUCUGAGUAAGCCUACAGGUAGAAUGGACAGUUACUUUAAAGCAGCUGUCAGUGACCUGGACAAACUUCUUGAUGAUUUUGAGCAGAACCCAGAUAAACAAGAUUAUCUCCAAGAUGCACAGAAUGUAUAUAUUUCUAACCACUGUACGGUUUCUUCAGAGUUGGCCUCUCCACAGUUAGCUUUCCUCUUGCCAAAGGACCAAAGAUGUGUUGGUAGUUGUAUCUCAUCAGAAACGUGCUAUGAAACAAAUGAGACUUUCCUCAGCGAGAAAGCACACGAGGGGUUAACUUCUAGACAGAAUGAAAAAAAUGUAACAGGACUCGAUCUUCUUUCUUCUGUAGAUGCUAGUGCUUCAGAUGAAAUCCAGCCUUCAUGUAUGAGAAGAUGUAGUAAGCCUGUCUGUGACCUGAUAAGUGACACGGGUAACUUAGUACAUGCCACCAACAGUGAAGAAGACAUUAAAACGUUAUUGCCAGACGAUUCUAAGUCUAGUGUAGAUGCUUUAAUUGCAUUGGAUUCGUCUUCAGUUUCAGAUAUUCUCACUGUUUCUUCAGCCGACCAUGGUAGCAAUGCUGUUGGAGAAAAACAGAAUGUCUCCAGCCCACAAAGCAGAGAUUGUAGUAGGAUUAAAGAAUUGGAUGUGAAGGUAGACACAGCACUUUCUGAUUCUUGUAAAUAUAGUGGAACAGAAAAUUUAAAGGAUGAAAAGAUCCCUAAUGAGUUAGAAACAAUUGAUUUUGACAUGUCAUUUGCUUUGACUGAACAAAAUUCUGAAACAUCUAAUGCCAAAGAUAACCCACAGUAUAAGAGGCUACCAUGUGAGUCUUUAAAAGGUGAUGGCUCUUUAGCAGAAGAGGGAGUAGGUGUGGCAGUCAUAAAUACAGAGUGUUCAGAAGAAGGAGGUAAGACAAUUGCUUUGCCUUGUAAUCUUCCAAAAAAUGAAGGGAUAUGUCUAAGUGACACAGAUUCAAAAGAUGAAAAUUUCAGGUUACCUGGCCCUCCCUUUCUGGAAAACAAGACUGCUGUAUUCAUGAAACAGUCUAUAAACGAAGACUCAAGAAAUGCAGGCCUUAAAGAUAAUAAUGAUAUAGUCCAGGUUUCCUCUCCAUCUUCACAUGUUUCAGAGGAAGGUGCACCCUCUUCCCUGUCCUGUCUCUCAUCAUCUGGGUUUUUGUGUGGACCGUCAAUUGACGAUGAUAUGCAUGGUGAUUGUUUACCUCCUGAUGAGUCUGAAGAUCAGAAAGAUGAUGUGAUGACUGUACAUGAAGAAAUACAGAAGAGUGCUGUUUUAGAUGGGGAACUCUUUAGGGAGACAGAGCUUUCGAAAAAGGAGAAGUGUAAGGGCAUAUUUCUUCAGCCAGUAACUGAAAAGAAAGUGAAUGGGAAGUUUGAACCUGAGCAGAUGGUAAUCAGUGGUGAAUCUUUGGAAUACCCUGAGGAUACCAGCUCUUCCUCAGCUGCAGAGUCUCAAAUGGCACUCUGUGCUUCAAAUGCUCCAGAGUCUCCUGAUGGAUGUGAAGGUCUCACCUUUGCCAGCAGUGACAUGGAUGGGCAGGAGUUAGAUUACUUUAAUAUUGAUGGAAGCAUGAGAAGUGGCACACUAAUUAGUGAUGCUGAACUUGAUGCUUUCCUGAAUGAACAGUGUCUUCAGAACUCUAACACAAUGUCUUUUGAAGAAAGCGUAAGUGAUUCACAGUCUCAGCUGAAUCAGACAGAUGUUAAAGGGUUAAAGGAUGAAAAUGCAGGCAAUACAUAUUUCAAUGCUGAAGCAGGAGCUGCUGGGGAAAAUGGACGUGCUGUGAUUUGUGAAACAGUUGAUAAAGAAAACACCGAAGUGAAUGGUGGUCUUUCUGUAGAAGGAAGCACAGUUCCAACUGAAAGAGGAAUAUCUACCAGUAAGUCUGACGUAGUGAAUGAAUUCCCAGUGCCCAGUAUUAACACCCAAGCUGUUGGAGGGGCCAGACCUAAGCAGCUGCUUAGCCUUCCACCAGGACCAAGGAGUUCAAAGGAACUGAAUAAGCCAGAUGUUCCAGAUGUUCCAGAUGUUCCAGAAAGUGAGGCAAGCGUAGCAAAUGCUAUUGCUGCAUCUGUUUGCUCUGCCGACCAUAUACCUGAUUCUCAGGUUAGCUUCAAUUCCAAUUACAUUGACAUAGAAAGUAAUUUUGAAGGUGGAUCCAGCUUUGUAACUGCAAACAAGGAUUCUCUGCCUGAAAACAUUUGCAAAGAAGGCUUGGUUUUGGGCCAGAAACAACCUACUUGGGUUCCUGAUUCAGAAGCUCCAAACUGUAUGAAUUGCCAAGUCAAAUUCACUUUCACAAAACGGCGACACCACUGCCGAGCAUGUGGGAAAGUAUUUUGUGGUGUCUGUUGUAACAGGAAAUGUAAGCUUCAGUAUCUAGAAAAGGAAGCAAGAGUGUGUGUAAUCUGCUAUGAGACUAUCAAUAAAGCUCAGGCAUUUGAAAGGAUGAUGAGUCCAGUUGGUUCUUGUCUUAAGUCUAAUCAUUCUAAUGAUUGUGCCACCACCCAGCCACUUCAGGAGACCCAGACAACCAGUAUUCUUUCACCUACAACUGUGCCCACCUCAGCACUGAAACAGCCGAAUGCUGAAGGACCGUGUUCCAAAGAGCAGAAGCGAGUGUGGUUCGCAGACGGCAUACUGCCUAAUGGUGAGGUUGCUGACACAACCAAACUGUCAUCUGGAAGUACAAGAUGUCCUGAUGACUGUAGUCCUGUGUUACCUGGUGUACCCACAGUUGUAAAUAAAGUGGAUCAUACCCAUUCUGUGGUGGAAAAGCCGAACAAUGAAAUAGGAGAUCUCACGAGAACUGAGAUAACCCACAGUCCUGUUUCUCAGGUUGUACCUGUGGAAAAACUGCCUCUGAGAACAGGCACUGAAGGCUUGCCUAUGCCUGGCCCUUUCACACUAGAAGAUGAUGUUUUUGUGGACAGCGAGGAGCCAUCUACUUCUGCUGCUGUGCCUGCUCACCCUGGUUCGCCUGUGGCUAAUGUCUCAGAUUACAGAUUACUGUGUAGCAUUGCCACGCACGUCUGCACUAAGAUUAGUCUUCUACCUGAAGACGAGGUUGGUCUGCCACCCCUUCUGACCACAUCUGGAGAAGAGGGACCAGUGCCUGUGAUACAAGAACAUCCAUCUCAUGAGCAGAUCAUUUUGCUUCUUGAAGGUGAAGGAUUUCCUCCUGCCACAUUUGUUCUCAAUGCUAACCUACUUGUGAAUGUCAAGUUCGUAUUUUAUGCCUCAGAUAAAUAUUGGUACUUCUCAACCAAUGGAUUGCACGGCUUGGGACAGGCAGAAAUUAUUAUCCUGUUGCUAUGUUUGCCAAACGAGGAUACAGUUCCUAAGGACAUCUUUAGACUGUUCAUCACCAUAUACAAGGAUGCUUUAAAAGGAAAGUACAUAGAAAACUUGGACAACCUGACCUUUACUGAGAGUUUUCUCAAUAGUAAGGAUCAUGGAGGGUUCCUGUUUAUUACACCUACCUUUCAGAAACUUGAUGAUCUCCCAGUACCAAGGAGUCCUUUUCUCUGCGGCAUUCUCAUCCAGAAACUGGAGAUUCCUUGGGCAAAGGUUUUUCCUAUGCGCUUAAUGUUGAGACUGGGAGCAGAAUACAAAGCAUAUCCUGCUCCUCUAACAAGUGUCAGAGGCAGGAAGCCUCUUUUUGGAGAAAUAGGACACACUAUUAUGAACUUACUUGUUGAUCUUCGGAAUUACCAGUAUACCUUGCAUAACAUUGAUCAGCUGUUGAUUCAUAUGGAAAUGGGAAAAAGCUGUAUAAAAAUACCUCGGAAAAAGUACAGUGAUGUAAUGAAGGUAAUAAAUUCUUCUAACGAGCAUGUCAUCAGCAUUGGAGCUAGUUUUAGUACAGAAGCAGAUUCUCAUCUGGUAUGUGUACAGAGUGAUGGAGUUUAUCAAACUCAGGCCAAUAGUGCCACUGGCCAGCCCAGAAAAGUGACAGGAGCAAGUUUCGUGGUAUUCAACGGUGCUCUGAAAACAUCUUCAGGAUUUCUUGCCAAGUCCAGCAUAGUUGAAGAUGGGUUAAUGGUACAAAUAACUCCAGAGACCAUGGAUGGCUUACGGCUGGCUUUACGAGAACAAAAGGACUUUAAAAUCCCUUGUGGGAAAGCUGAUGCAGUAGACCUGAGAGAGUAUGUGGACAUCUGCUGGGUGGACUCGGAAGAAAAGAAGAAUAAAGGUGUCAUCAGUUCAGUAGAUGGAAUAUCAUUAGAAGAAUUUCCAAGUGAAAAAAUAAAACUGGAAGCAGACUUUGAAACUGAAGAGAAAACCUUGAAGUGCACUGAGGUGUUCUACUUCCUAAAGAACCAAGAUAUAUCUGUUUUAUCAACUAGUUAUCAGUUUGCAAAAGAAAUAGCCACGGCUUGUAGUGCCGCCCUGUGCCCUCACCUGAGGACGCUGAAGAGUAAGAGGAUGAGCAGAAUUGGACUCCGAGUUUCCGUCGACACUGACAUGGUUGAAUUUCAGGCAGGCUGUGAAGGCCAACUUCUGCCUCAGCAUUACCUAAACGACCUCGAUAGUGCUCUGAUACCUGUGAUCCACGGUGGGACCUCCAACUCUAGUGUGCCCUUAGAAAUAGAGCUAGCGUUUUUCAUUUUAGAGAACCUUUCUGAGUGAAAGAAUGUGCUAUGUUAUAUGUUGCAAACUGACCUGUUAAAAUAAAUCCCAGCACUAAAACUGAAAUGUUACAAACACUAAAUGUUUGAUAAUUGAAAUACAUAAUUUUGCUUUUUAGGCAGGAAUGAUUUUUCAAAAUCAUUAGCACAAUAUUUAAAUGUCUAAAAAUUUAAGGAAUCCAUCAUUUUAUAGCUUUAUGUUUAAUGUAAGAACUAAGAAGAAAAAUAGAUCUUCUGACUUAAAAUUUAUAGUAUUUACUGUGUGACUUAAAUGUUAAGCCAAAGUAUCUGCGCUUACUUAUACCUCUUUCUGCCAAGGAUGGUUUAUGAAGGACACCUGUUUUGUGUGUACACUAGUGAGAGCAUGAUUUGGAGUCUUUCAAAUGUAUUUCAGUAGUAAAGACCAGUAAGACUCUAGACUUCUAGUUCUUUAAAUAAAGCCGAUAACUUAUUUGUAUAAAUGGAAUGGAGCCCUACCUCCAUGAUGAGAUAAACUGAUUAAACUAGAAUUUUGCCUUUAUUUCUUCCCAAAUUACUAUAUAUAUACAUACAUACAUAAAUUAUAUAUAUAUAUAAUUUUUCCUGAUUAAAAUAAUUGUGGGUGCUUCAGGACUUUGUGCUUCUCUAUUUAAGUCUGUUGUUUCCAUAGCAACAUAUGAUUUGAAAUGUGUUUUAUAAAUCUUUGCUAAUAUACAUAGGUAAUAUUUUUGUAUCACAGUGCUUUUGCUUUCUCCUUCUUUACAAAAUUACACCACUGUAUUUGACACUCUUCAGAGGACAACAGGCCAGAUGACCCAUGAGGUGGUGAUUGUGUAGCAAUAACUGAAGCCUGAAACAGGUUUCUAUUAUUCCAUGUUAAUCCUUAAGUAUUUCUUGAUUGGCUUCAAUGUAUGAAGUAUAAAUUUUAACAAACUUUUGCAUAUUUUUAAUUCUUUCUAUGGCAGUUAUUUUUUUAAUGGGAUAUUUAACAUAAAGUUAAAGGUUGUGAUAGAGCUUUCUUGUUUAAUUCAAAUAGCAGGAGAAAGAAAAGUGUUUCGUUUAACUUAUAUAAAAUGUAAUCAUUGUUUUGAUGCUUUUUUAUUAUGUGGAAUAUAUUUUUUGUAUCAAAAACACUCACUGUAUAUAUAAAGAAAAAGAAACCACACUAAAUAACCCUGUUUUAAGAAGGAUAUUUAUAAAGCCGUGCAACUUAGAGAUCCAGUCAUGUCUGUAACUCAGGAGCGAAGGUCUUAGGACCAGAGCUUUCAUCUGAGUCACACUUGGACCAGCCAAAGACAUAUUUGAGGAUAAUCUCCACAAACAAUGUGAAGUGUUACAAAUAGUAAAUAAAAUGUCAACAUAAAACUCUCAACAUUUAUUGAAAUGAUGUGAUAUAAAGAUAAUAUAAAAGUGACUGCUUAUCAAGCUCAUUUUGUUUUCUUUACAUAAUGCGUUUAUUUUUCAGGAUAUUAUAUACUUACUUUGUUGUGUAACUGCACAAUUUAUGAAUAUUGAAUUUACAAAAUAGUGGAAAGCUCUUCUCUGAUGAAGUAACUUUGAAUUUGUUUUCAAGCUGUCUACAAUUGGUGAAAACGGGAAUUCUAACCUAAAUGUUAGGGCACAUUGUACAGCAUUUGGAGAUGGAUUUUCUAAAUGCAUUUGCCACCUGCUUGGUCAUAGUCUUCACAUUGGCACUUAAGUCAGUGGCUCCUUGUAGUCAGUCCACAGCAUUUGUUUAUGGUCUUAAGACUUAAUGCAACUGGGUCUCUGCAUUUUGAAACAUGAGGUAAAAUAUCUUGCUUUAUGCAACAAGCUGUGUGCCUGUGUGUGCUACAUAUAAAAAUAUACCAUAUCGAGUUUCAUCAGUUGAAAAGUUAUUUCUCUUUUGGAACUAGACAUAUGGAACAGGUAAUUAACAUAGGAAGGCUUUCAUUGCCGCAGUGAAGAAAUGACUCUAGAGCGGUGCAGGGAGCAGACUGGAGGACGCCAUGAUACUCAGAGGAGCUUGCAGCAUACUGGGUGUUUGAGCUAGAAGUCGGAAACAUCCAGAUUGCUGUAGAGAGACUGAAUAUUGCACCUUAUAAUUGAUAAUAAGUCUUACUCAGAUGGUUGUGUAGGUUCCUGACAGCUUAGCUUUCUGUAUUGUUUCAUAAAAUAAAGCACAGAAGUUUUUUAAUAGGAAGAAUAAUUUUGAUAAUGUAAUUCAAGUUUCAAAAGACUGUCUUGGAAUAAAACAGAAACUUCUGACUUA